AUGAGUGUACUAGAGAUGUGGACUAAUCUUGGCACUGCAAUUGGGAGCCUAAUGUUUGCUUAAUGCUUGUUUCAACAAUACUUCCCCUGAUCAACUUCAUGGCUACGCCAGAACAUAUUUGCAGAAAAUUGAAUAGGUUUACCUCUCCUUAAUUCACAGGUCACCUUCCAUGAAUAUACAGGUGAGCGUCUGAAAGCGCAGCGAAGUCCUAUACCGCCUCCAAAGCUAAUUAGCGCCAAACUCUCUAUGCGCGCCAAGCGGUUAAAGGCUGAUGUUGUUUAAAAGAUAACCAUCUGUUGCUUACUUGACGAUCAUGAAGAAAUUACUGAUGACUUCAAUGGAAUCAAAAUCUGGUGGUCUUCAAGGAAAAAUACCCCCAAACACAGUCUUUUUCCUUCUAUCACUGAAAGGAUGAGAGAAGAUAUUUUACUCUCAACUGUCCAUAGGCGUCAUAAGAGAAACCAUUAAUGAACGUCUUAUAUAGAUCAUGUUUUAAAGAAGGAAGCGAUUUCUGUUAAGAAUAGGCAGAGAAAGCUUAUACUAAUAAAUCCAAGUAAUGAUUGGCAAGGAUGGAAAGCUACCAAAUGGAGUCAUGUGGUGUUUGGACAUCCUGCGAGUUUUGAUACUUUGGCAAUGGCGACAAAGAUGAAAGAACAGAUCAAGAACGAUUUGAUCAAUUUAACUAAGGGAAAGGAUUAUUACGCCAAGAUUGGGAAAGCUUGGAAAAGAGGUUAUUUGCUUUUUGGUCCACCAGGAACUGGCAUGACGAUGGUUGCUGCUAUGGCUAAUUUCUUGAAUUAAUGAAUGUUUAUGAUCUUGAAUUUAACUAAAGUUAAGGAUAACAGUGAGCUUAGAAAAGUAUUGAUUGAGACAACCAGUAAGUCCAUUAUUGUGAUUGAGGAUAGAUGUUCUCUUGAUCUUACUGGUCAAAGAAGCCAAAAGAAGGAGAAAGACGAAGAUGAUGAGAAGGGUGAAAAUAACGAGCCGAUUUCUAAAAAGAAAAAGGAAUUAGAAGAAGAAAAAGGCCAAAAGUAGUAAGGUGACUCUAUCUGGGCUUUGAAUUUCAUUGAUGGAAUUUGGUCGCUUGCAGCGGAGAAAAGAUCAUUGUGUUCACUACUAACCUAUGUGGAGAAACUUGAUCCAGCUUUAAUCAGGGGGAGAAUGGUAGGCAUAAUAGAAAUGUCCUUACUGUUGUUUUGAGCCUUUAAGGUUUUAGCUAACAAUUAUUUGGACAUAGAUUCUCACAAAUUGUUUGGUGAAAAAUUGAGAAACUGUUGGGGGAAGUGAAGAUGACAACCAGCUGACGUUGCAGAGAAUUUGAUGCCAAAAUCAGUAGAUGAAGAUGAAGAGACUUGUUUAAAGAUUUGUUGCUUUGCUCUUGAGAGAGGCAAAAGGAAGAGGAAGCCAAGAAAGAAGGCUGAGGAAGAAGAGAAAGUAAAAGCAGAGCAAGAAGAGAAAGAAGAAAGAUUGUAA